AUGGCCGAGGGAGCAGCCACCCUGACGCGUCGCACGGCUGCGCCUCUGAAUUUGGCGCCCUGCCGCGGCAGCAAACUUCCCGGAUCAGCGCCGACAGUCUCUUACAGGCUCUCCACUACAGUACUAUAUAAUCCUCCAACCAUCAAAACGGGCGCUCUGCCAUCGCAGACAUCCGCCACCCUGGACGACAACAAUGCCCUCCCCGAUUUCUACGCCGUCCUCACCGUCUCGCCCUCCGCCUCCGACGCUGCCAUAAAGCACGCCUACCACCACGCCCUUCUCCAGCACCACCCCGACAAGCGUCGCCCGCACACAUCUCUCCUCCACAUCGACAUCGGCCUCCUCAAACAGGCAUACCAGACCCUCGCUUCGCCCGCGUCCCGCGCCGCAUAUGACGCUGCUCGACAACAACAAACAGCUGCACAGCAGGCAGGUCCCCGUCCCGCACAGGUGGUCUCGCUCGAGGACUGGGUCGAGGCCGAGGGCGACGACGGGCACACUCGGUGGAUAUAUGCGUGCAGAUGCGGAGGCCAGUACCUUAUUACCGUCGCAGACAUGGAGGCCGGCCAGCACCUCGUCGGCUGUAACAGUUGCUCGGAGGUCGUAUGGGCAGGAUACGAGCUUGCGGAGGACGAGGACAGCAGUGAUGUUUAG